AUGGCUGAACUAACGAAACCCUCAACCACUGAGGUUGAACACGAAGACAAGGAGAAACCGGGGAACGCCCUGGUUUCGAACAUAGACCCUGUCGCUCAGAGGUCUUUGUUGCGAAAAUUGGACUAUCGCAUGAUGCCAGUAUUUUUCAUCUUGUACUUCCUCAACCACUGGGAUCGGAAUGGACUGCCUCAAGCCAAACUCAACGGGAUUUCGGACCAUCUGGGCCUCCAAGGUACACAGUACAACACCUGCAUAUCUAUCCUGUAUGUUGGCUAUCUCACCGCCGGCAUCCCAUCGAACAUGAUCUUGACGCGAGUUCGGCCGUCUGUAUACAUGGGUGUUUGCAUGUGUGGCUGGGCCAUAGUUUCCGCGUUCACGGCUAUGGCAGACAACUACGUCCAUCUUCUUGUUCUGAGGUUCUUGCUCGGGUGGUUCGAAGCUCCUUUUUACCCGGGCGCCAUAUACCUGUUGAGCCGAUUUUAUACGAAGUCCGAGCUUGCGACGCGCCUGGCCAUCCUGUACUGCGGGCAGCUCAGCUCAAGUGCCUUCUCAGGGCUGAUCACCGCGGGCAUUUUUGCAGGUCUUGAUGGAACGAAAGGCCUGCACGGCUGGCAAUGGCUCUUCAUAAUUGAGGAAUCAGCAACCUUUCUAGCGGCGAUUGGAGGCAUUUUCCUGCUUCCAGAUACACCUGGAAAGACCCGUUGGCUUACGGCUGAGGAGAAUGCCUGCAGCUUGAUGCGAUUGGAAGAGGACAACAUGAACGAGUUGAAGCACGAGACCCCGAUCCAAGGCUUGAUGAGCGCCUUGAAAGACUACAAGGUUUGGUUGUUCAUGUUCAUGCAAAACAUGCAUUUUUCAGCCAUGUCCUUCAAUCAAUUUUUCCCAACGAUUGUCAAGACCCUUGGAUACGAUCGUACCAUCACACUGGUCUUGACAUCACCCCCAUACGUCUUUGCCGCAAUGUUUGCACUGGCUCUAUCCUGGUCCUCUGGACGGUUCGACGAGCGCGCCUGGCACAUUUAUGGUGGCAAUGCCCUUGCUGUGGUCGGCUUUGCUGUAGCUUGUGCAACAACAAGUGUGGCGCCCCGAUAUGUCGCCUGCUUCUUGUUCGCCGCUGGCUCAUACUCUACAGGCAGCAUUAUUCUCGGCUGGGCUGCUGCUAAUGUCGUUGAUUCCCACGAAAAGAAAGCUGUCACGAUGGCUAUGGUCAACUUUUCUGCAGUCGCAGCAAACAUUUAUACGGCUUAUCUAUGGCCUGAUUCUGACAGCCCACGUUUCUUGGUCGGACUCGGCAGUAGUAUUGGAUUCUGCGUUAUGUGCAUGUUAUUCGCGCACUUUGCCUGGUUUCUGUUCAGAAGGCUCAAUAGACAACGGCUACGGGAGGCUGAUGGGGACUCCGUAAAGCUGUUUGCGACAUAG